AUGGGGAAAGUGGCUCCUAAGGAUGGGAAUUUGAAGACCCCGAAGCAAAAAAGGCGGUUACGGAGCUCGAGCAGUAGGUAUUUGAAGCCUGGGGCACUUGCUCAGCUACGGUAUAGCAAGGUGUCAGCCGUGAAGUCAUGUACUGAUCUUGGAAAGAAAAGGGUUGCUGUGUUUGGGAAUAAGAAGGUGGGAGAUGCUGAUGAUGAAGUUUUGAUUGAAGACAAGGCUAUUGAUAAAAGCCCUUGUUUGUUAUCACCUGUGGAUUUGCGUAAACAGAAUCAUUUAUCUAUUGAUAAAAGCCCUCUGAUGCUAUCACCUGUGGAUUUGCUUAAACAAAAUCAUCUAGCGAGGACACCGAAGACCCCUCGGAUCGAAGAUUGUGAUACUGAGUCUAGACUUGAAUCUCUUCCCAUGGAGUUGCUGGUUAAAAUACUUUGUCACCUGCACCAUGACCAACUGAGGGCUGUUUUCCAUGUUUCUCAGAGGGUUAGAAAAGCUGUUUUGCUUGCAAGGCAAUUUCAUUUCAAUUACACAACACCAGAUCGCUCUCGACAGGAGAUGUUAUUGACAAUGACCCCACGGCCUACUGAACACUGGCCUUUUGUAAGCAAGGGGAAUGGUAAGGGCAUUUUCAUGCCAAGUCCACAUACUCCAAAAGCUCCAAGGCAUGGUCCCCGGCCACCUUCUCGCAUCAAAAUAACUGAGAUGAAGAGUAUUGCUGCAGUUCUCUUCCAAGAUUCAGCAUUCCCUUCAAGAUGCAUGGUGUCAUCUGCUCUGCCAAAGCCUCUUUGCAAAUCUUUGGCUUCUAAUAGGGUUCUAUUUUACGAGGAUGAGUUAUGCCAGGCUGUUGCUCAGAAUAAACUUCGUUGA